AUGAAAUAAGAAGACUAGAAGCUCUAGAAAAAUCGAGAGGAAAAAAGCCCAUAUCCUUUUAAGGCUGUGGUUUCCUCCCUCCCCUUCUUUCCUUUCCUCUCCUCCCCCCUCUCUCUCACUUGCUUUUUCUCUUGUGGUGAAGUAAUUUCAGAGAGGUGUUUGUUCUUUUUAAGCUGGCACUCCCUGAGAGCAGACUCUGUACUCUGUUGUAAAGGGGAAGAGAGGAACUCUUUCACACCAGCUCACAGAAACACAGGUCCGAAGCCACCUGAACUCAUCUCAACAACUACAGCUGCUCCCAACUAAACACUGAACAGCAAUGGCAAACAAAGGUCCCUCCUACGGUCUGAGCCGUGAGGUACAGAGUAAAAUCGAUAAAAAGUAUGACCAGGAUCUGGAAGAGAGGUUGACUGAGUGGAUCAUUGCCCAGUGUGGCGCUGGAGUGGGCCAACCUGAGGCAGGCAAGACCGGCUGGCAGAACUGGCUCAAGGACGGAUGUGUGCUGUGUGAACUGAUCAACAGCUUGUCCAGUGGGAACAAGCCCAUCAGGAAGAUCCAGAGCUCAGGCAUGGCCUUCAAACAGAUGGAGCAAAUCUCACAAUUCCUCAAUGCGGCUGAGAAGUAUGGUAUCACCAAGACUGACAUGUUCCAGACAGUUGACCUCUGGGAGGGGAAAGACCUGGCUGCUGUCCAGAGGACCCUGAUGACCCUGGGAAGUCUGGCUGUCACCAGGGACGAUGGGACUUACAGCGGCGACCCCAACUGGUUCCAUAAGAAGUCAGUGGAGAACAAACGCGAGUUCUCAGAGGACCAGCUGAAUGAGGGAAGGAGUGUCAUCGGCCUGCAGAUGGGCACCAACAAGGGGGCAUCUCAGGCUGGCAUGACUGGAUACGGGCGACCUAGGCAGAUCCUGAACAACAACCCCUAAAACAUGACGACGCUCAGUCACCCUACACCUGAGUACGCUCCCUUUCUCAGCCAAUCACUUAAGACUGAAACGCUAUGUCUUAACUUGAACAAACAGGAGCGACCUGAACUUCCAAGACCGAACUAGACCAAAGAACUCCUACUCACUGCACAGAUGCACACAAUCAUAACGAAACAUGGUGACCAAAGUCUGUACAAUACAAUAAAAAUGUUGAACAAUGGACACGGUGACAUAGCAAUGGGAAACGGUCCAUUUAGAUACUGCUUAAACUGCACUCCGUUUGGUAAUACGUUGGGAAAAGAUGUUGCUAGAAUAUGCUGCGAUAAUGGGAAAGAUGCAGUAAGAUGUCCUUUCCAGAGCUAGGUAUUUUUGUAUAUUAUAUAUUGAUUAUGAAAUAAAGUUCAGUUUAAUUUUAAA